CAUAUAACUUCAAUAUGAGUACUCUAAUAAGAGAUUUGGUGUGUAUAUAUAUCUCAAGAUAUGAAUCAACUAUGUUCCAGACUUGGGAUUUGACGAUGAUUCUUCUUCACUUUCUACUACUUCUACUUCUUCUUCCUCCUCCUUGAAUCAUGGGUGAAGAUGAUAUCGUGGAGCUCUUAUGGAAGAGCGGCCAUCUUGUUCGAAGCAGCCAGGCACAGAGACCCUCUGUUCCUCCUCCUCCUCCUGUUCUACGAGGCAGCGGCAGUGGCGGCGGUGGUAGUGGAGAAGAAAGUGCUCCGCUUCCGCUUCCUCCGCCUCUCCAGCAACCUUCCGAUGAUCAGAAUCUUUUCAUACGGGAAGACGAAAUGGCGUCUUGGCUUCUUCACCAUCAUCCUCUCCGCGAAGAAGAUGAUUUCCACUCCCAUCUUUUCUACUCCGGCGUCGUCUCAGCCGUCCCAUCUACUCAGCCGCAGGCCUCCGUCUCUCUCGCACCACCCCUACCGAUACCACCAGCUAUUCACACUCCAACGGCGGCGGAGAGAUCGAUGGGUCAGGUGAUCGUCGAGAGAAGGGGUGAGAACUUCUUAAACUUCUCGAGGCUAAGAGGGAACAUACAUACAAGCGGUGGAGUCGAAGUAGCAGCUGCACCGUGGGUUCCGGUGGUGGUUAGAGAUUUGACGCAGGUGGGAUCAAGCGCGACACCGUCGUCUUCGGCACCCGAGUCCUGUCUGACACCAGCGACGGUCACUGGCGGAGUCGCGCAGACUUUUGCAGUCCCCAGUCUUAGUCGGAAGGUGGUUGAGACGGAGACAGAACCGGCUCAGAUAAAACCAUCGACUGAGACUACGGAAGCUGCGGAUGAGAGGAAGCGUAAAGAGAGAGAAGAAGCCGCUGAAGAUACUGAGGAAACUGGUGAAGAAGCUCGUGGCUCAACUUCUAGGAAGAGGUCACGCGCUGCGGAAAUGCAUAACAUCUCCGAAAGGAGAAGGAGAGAAAAGAUCAACGAGAAGCUCAAGGCUCUCCAAGAACUCAUUCCUCGCUGCAACAAGACUGAUAAAGCUUCAAUGCUGGAAGAUGCUAUCGAGUACGUUAAGUCGCUACAGCUGCAAAUACAGAUGAUGUCAAUGGGAGGCGGGGGUAUGAUGCCGAUGAUGUAUAAUCCAAACAUGCAAUGUUUCAUGCCCCCCUCGGCAAUGGGAAUGAACCGGCCUUCAUUUAUACCUUUCCCCGGUACUGCUUUUCCUAGGCCGCCGGCUCACAUGGCAGCUCUAGGCCCACCUUAUCCAGCACCACCGCUAUAUCCUUUUCCAAACGUGCAUCAGCCUGACCCGAACCAGCCUCAGUUUCCGAGUUACUUGAAUCCUUACAGCCAGUUUGUUGGUCUCCAACAAAUGCAACCUCCUCCUCCUCCAUUGCAGAAACAAACAACAUCACAUAUGAGUUUCAGCCAGGCAAGUAGUAGCAAGGAACCUGAAGAUGAGGAUAACAAACCAAUAGGUAAGAAUGGAAUGGCCCAGAGGCGUUUCUUGCGAGAUGAGUUAAUGUUCACUAUUCUGACAGAUACAUCUCCAUCGCGUUGUUGCAGGUUAAAAAAAAAGAAUCAGCUCUCCAAGCAAAUGCACUAAGUUGAACCAGAGGGAUAAUAUGUAAAAUAAUAUAGUCGGUUUAUAUAGAGUAUGCGUUUGCGUUGUUUUUUUUUUGUUUUAGGCCAAUGAAUAUUUCUCUCCAGCAACUACAACUUUUGUAACGAAAACAAUAAUCAAGAGUGCUACUAGAACUUUUGUUUGGA